ACGCGAACGCGAUUCGGCGACGAGACGAACGCGCGGAAAACAGCUGCAACAGUCGCCAAGUCGCAACUCGCAACACUACACCGGUGCGCGGCGGUUUACGAACUUUUUUUUACGGCCGAUAAUCGGUUCGAUCGUCACCACCGCGCGUAUAGUUACCGCACGAACCGCGAGCAAUACCGAUAACAGCGGCGUGCCCGCCGAAGGAACAUCGCAGCCGAUAGAGCCGCUCGUUCGGGCAGUGUCCCAUAUAGGACAACCGCCGUUCGCGGGUGCGUCUCUUCCGGACGGUCGACGCGAUGGGACCGACAGUAGCCGCCACUUGUUUGGCCGUCGUGAUGGCCGUAGUGGCCGCGGUCGCGGCGGACGCGCCCGGCCUGGAACUGGUGCUGCUCCACACCAACGACAUGCACAGCCGGUUCGACGAGACGGACCUGUACUGCAACGAGUGCCGCGAAGACGACGCGUCGCUGGGCCGGUGCUACGGCGGGUUCGCGCGUGUCGCCAAUUUCGUGAAAGAGCAGAGGCGGUUGGCCAACGAGAACGGCUUGCCGUCCCUGUUCCUGGUGGCCGGCGACACGUUCCAGGGCACGCCGUACUUCUCGCUGUUCCACUCGGAUCCCGUUGUCGACUUCAUCAACCAGCUGCGCCCGGACGCCAUGACUUUAGGGAAUCACGAGUUUGACGACGGUGUCGAUACUCUUGCAUCAUAUCUAGAAAGAACAAAACAUAUACCAACAGUUGUGUCGAACUUGAAUGCGACGGCAGAACCAAACUUGGAUAAAUACCUAUUGUCAUCAUUAGUAUUUACAAUAAACAACACAAAAGUAGGAAUCGUUGGAUAUUUAACAACGGAUACUCCGACCAUAUCCAAAACCGGAAACGUUGAAUUUUUCGAAGAAGUUGAAUCUUUGAAGAAAGAAACUAAAAAAUUACGAGACAGUGGUGUUAACAUAAUUAUUGGUCUCGGUCAUAGUGGCAUUGAAAAAGAUAAAAUAAUCGCCCAAGAGGUAGAAGAUAUUGAUAUAAUUGUUGGAGGUCAUUCCCAUACGUUUCUGUACUCCGGUACUCCGCCCAGCAUUGAAAAACCAUAUGGACCAUAUCCACUGUACGUGACAAAUGUUAAAAAUAAGGCCGUGCCAAUAUUACAGGCUUACGCGAAUACCAAAUACGCAGGCAAAGUAGUAUUAAAAUUUGAUCCUAAUGGCGAUUUAGUUAGUAUCGAUGGUUCGCCAACAUUAUUGAAUCACGAAAUAAAACAAGAUCCAGAAAUGUUGACUGUGGUUGAUAAAUGGAAACCAGAGGUAAUUAAUGUUACAAACGUUAUAAUCGGACGUACGGCAGUGGAGUUGAUAAACACUUGUCAUAGAAUGGAAUGCAACAUAGGUAACUUGAUAGCUGAUUCUUUCGUAUACUACAAUGUUAUGAAAAAAGAAAUUUAUAAUGAAUAUUGGUCUGAUGCUCCUAUUGGAAUCGUUCAAGCUGGUGGAAUUCGGACAACAAUCAACGAAACCGAUCAUGAUGGUUACAUCUCUUUAGGGCAGUUAAUCAAUGUCAUGCCAUUUCAAAAUAAUCUGGUUAAAAUUACUAUUUCUGGUAGUAGUUUAUUAGAAGCUUUUGAACAAAGCGUUUACGACUUUGUAGAGAAUCGAGGCGGAAGUAAACUUUUACAAGUAUCCGGCGUUCUGGUUGAGUAUGAUUUAACAAAAAGUCCUGGUAACCGAGUGUCUUCACUAUUACUCCGUUGUGGUGAAUGUAACGUUCCUAAAUACGAACCUUUACAAUUAACUGCUAACUAUACAAUAGUGACGAACAGCUAUUUGGCCGAAGGUGGUGAUAAUUUUAAGUCAUUUAAAAAAGGAUUGAAGAAAAACAAAGCAUUAGAUGUUGAAGAUUUCAAUGCAACAGCGAUGUAUAUGAAAUCAAUAAGUCCUAUAAUGACUGGAGUAGAGGGAAGAAUCAUCUUUACAUCCAAUAACAAUGAAAAGUCGGCAGGAUCUAAUAUUAAUACACGAAAUUAUCAAUUUAUAAUGAUUACAUUUAUUACUACAGUAUUAUUUUUUAACAUUCAAGAUUUCAUUUAAUAUAAAUUAUACCAAAAUAAUUAUAAACAUAGUAAAUAUUAUACUACAUAAUUAUUUUUUGUUAACUUUUUAUAGUUUUUGUAAGCUGCAAUGGUCAUUAAAAGCCAAUAUUUAUACUUUUACUUAAAAUAUGUCUUAAAUGUUAAUAGUUUAUGUUUGUUAUUUACAUUGUAAAAUUAAUUUUUUAUUUAAUAAAAUGUAGAUUAUUAUUAUAUAAUAAAUCGUAUAAUUUUAUAUUGUAUAA